UAGUUAAUAGUCAGGAUUAAGCACCGCGCACGCAUGAGCCGAUUGACGAUUCGUAUUUGUGUUUUGUAGCAGUGCGGGGUGGACGUGUUAAAAUGAGCUCCAUUUUAUUAAAUAUUAUAUUAUUAUUUGUCUGUGGUCAGAUGGUAAUGUGCCAGGAUGUCUACAGAGCAGCAAUAAUAGGCAACGGAAAACCACACACUAAAAACUAUGCAUCUCUUAUACAUGAAGCGGCCAAAUUGAAUGCGGAUAUACUUCUGUUAGAAACUGUGAAUGAUAAGAACUUAGAAUCAUGUGGCCGUUGCGAUAAUAAUUAUGAUGAGAUAGUGAAGACGGUUUCAACAGCUGCGAAGGAAACCGCGAUCUACGUUGGAGUCCAUGUAUAUGAAAAAAUAACUUGUAAUAAACAUGAAGAUAUUGUCAGAAGUAAUUUAAUAUUCAAUAGAAAUGGGGAUAUAAUUUCUGUUUCCAGGAAGCCAUUGAACAAAGCUAAUUGCAAUUCAACAUAUUCAAAAAGUGAAUUGUUUUCUACUGAUUUUGGCGUCAAAUUUGGAGUAUUGAUGGAAGAGGAUAUAUUAAAUGCUCAAGAUAUAAAUCUUAGUAAUUAUAUAAUACUGGGUUCACGGCCUCGCAGUAGUGGGAAAUUGCAUGCAUCGCAGCUAGUAUCAUCAUGGGCAUAUAUUAGUAAAAUUAACGUGGUUUCGACAAACGGUAUUUAUGGCAACACUGGAGUUGCCAUGAAGUCUGACAACAUUAUUGUGAAGGAAAUUAAAAAAAAUGGAAAUAAUAAGCCAAAAUUACAAAGUAGUUCAUUUGAUUUUCCUGAGUUGGCUCGCAGCGUCAAGCUGGACUUGGAACUCGCUAUGCAAGGGUACACGGAAAACUUAUGCUUUGAAGAAGUUUGUUGUCAUUUCUACGUAAGACUUGCGGGAAAAGGUAACUCGGACGUGUCAUACAAUGUAGGAGUCCACACUGGUACAAUGGACGUAGGAUCUCAAACAGUGGCCACUCGGGGUUGUGUCCUAGUCGCCUGCGGAGGGCCAGAUCAAUCUUGCUCUGUACUGUCCAGAAAUUCAUCAGAUAUCACCUUUAAAACAAUCUCUAUAUCUAGUAACUUUAGUCAGGACUCCAAGCAGUUCCCAAUUUUACAAACUACAGAUGUCAAGAACAUAAAAUUCGACCAACAAAAUGGUAUAAAUAACAGGCAAGUUUAUAUGGAAAUUCAUGAAUGUAAUAAUGUAUUAAUUUUCGGAAUUAUCAGCAUCGAAUCGAAGCCAAUUGACGAAUCUAGUGAACAAUUUAUCGAUUUCUCUUCAUACAUUUCGAGUGAGAAUGUUCAAGAAUUCUUCGAUUAUCUUUGGAUUCGAUUGCGUGUUCCUAUAUUUAUCGUAUCGAUAUAUAUAUUGGAGAUGAUGUAAAUUAUAUUUACUUAUUAAAAUAAGUAACGUUGUAUGUUUAUUAGAACGUUGGUUGGCAUUUAAUGGGGUUUUAAUAUUUAUCAAGGGUAACGUAUAUUAAAAUAGAAAUAUAUAUUUAUAUUAUAAAAUAAUACGAGACUGAUAUUAUGUAUUUUAUAAAAUGGAUUGAAUUAUAUUUAUAUUCAAAAUCUUUAAAUUACCUACAGGUUUUUCUGUUGUGUAAAUUUCCUAUAAGUUUUUUGGACAUGCUUUUAUUAAACUCUAUUAAUUAUUAUUUUAAAUGAAAGAUAGCAUUAAUUUUUAAUGUCCUAAACUAAUAUUCAAAGAGCUUCAAACCCGUAUCAAAGGUUUACUGUCAUGAGAGAUGUCAAAAAUGUCUUUCUAUAGAUAAUGAUGUAAAAAACUAGACAAAUAGGUCGUAAGUGCCGGAAAUAUUUCAAUUAACCGAUCAAAGUACCUAUGUAUCUUAAAAUUAUGGGUAAAACUUAAUAUUUGUUAGUUUAAAUAGUAUAAUAUAUAGAAGUUUAAUAUACUUCAAUAUUAAAUUUAUAUUAAAAAAAAUUAUAUCAAUCUAUUUAUUUUAUUUAAAAUUCCAAUUAAUUUUCGGCACGAUGGUUAUGACGAGACUUAUUAUAGCCUAGUUCACAGAGUUAUUUUCAACGAAUGUUAAAUUUAUCUCUACUAAGUUUUCCAGAUUUCUGUGAUAUUAAAAUAAUAUAAAUAAAUGGGUUUAUUAAA